AAACCGAACGGUAAAAGAGUGUACCAACGACGAGCAGCAAAUCUCAGGGAACGUAAACGAAUGAAAUCUAUAAAUGAUGCUUUUGAAAAUUUACGGACAUGCAUACCUGCAACAGAAAACGCAGAUCGUAGACUGUCUAAAGUGGAUACGUUGCGACUAGCUAUACGAUAUAUUAGUUAUUUAUCUAAUGUUAUU